AUGGAGGUUGAUGCCAGUAGUAUGGCCACCUGUGCACCUGAAGUGUUUGAUAUCGCUUCGACACUUGUUAAUGUUGAGGAAGUCACAGAAAAACAAAGCUUUGAAGUACCCGCAUCAACACCUGAUGUCGUCCCAGUUGCUGAGCCAGUUAAUCAUGAUGCGGAGCCUGGAACGAUCUCAAAGACUCCUGAAACUGUGACUUCUGAUCCCGUUGUAGCCCCUCCUGUGGUGAAUAACAACGUUGGAAAGUAUCGCCUCUUACGUACUAUAGGGAAGGGGAAUUUUGCAAAAGUGAAACUUGCCAUUCAUAUGGCCACUGGAGUUGAAGUUGCCAUAAAAAUAAUCAACAAGACUGUCAUGGAUAAUACUCUCCUGAAACGUCUCAAGCGUGAGAUCACUAUUAUGAAGGUCACAAACCAUCCAAACAUAGUGAAACUUCUUGAAAUAAUUGAAAACGAAGAUGUACUGUGCCUUGUUAUGGAGUAUGCAAGUGGAGGUGAAAUAUUUGAUUAUUUGGUUGCAAAUGGAAAAAUGCGCGAAAAGGAGGCGCGAAUAAAAUUCCGCCAGUUAUUAUCGGCGAUGCAGUAUUGUCAUGCCAAACGAAUUGUUCAUCGGGACCUAAAGGCUGAGAACAUUCUAUUGGAUCAGAACUUAAAUGUGAAAGUUGCUGACUUCGGUCUGGCAAACACAUUUGAAUAUGAUCAGAGGUUAACAACGUUUUGUGGUAGUCCACCGUAUGCCGCCCCAGAAUUGUUUCUGGGCAUUCCAUAUUAUGGACCUGGUGUGGACAUUUGGUCACUCGGUGUUAUUUUGUUUACCUUAGUGCUGGGUCAUCUGCCAUUCGAUGCACGUGAUCUUCGUGAACUUCGAAGCAAAAUUUUGGGGCUGCACUAUACUAUACCUAGAGGUUCUGUUUCGCCAGAAUGUGAUGCCCUUUUAAGGAAAAUGCUAGUUCUAGAUCCAAAAGACCGGUCGUCUCUAAAAUCUUUAAUGCAGGAUAAAUGGGUCAAUAUGGGUUAUGCUCCAGGUGAUCAUCUUCGCCCGUACAAAGAACCACCGAAAUCUCAACUGGAUGAUAGUCGGGUAAAAGCCAUGGAGGAAAUGGGUUUUACAAGAAAAGAUUUAGAGUCAUCAGUUGUUAACCCUGAGUUUGAUCAUGUGUAUGCAACUUAUCAUUUACUUCCUGAAACUCCAUCUCAGUUUGUCGAGCUUUGCAAAGAAGUAGAUCCUGCAUCAGCUGCACUACCUAACACUGCAGUAUUAUCUAAUGCAUUAUAUACUAAUGAUCGACAGAGUAGAAGUGUUCACGAUCAACCCGCAAGUAACACAGAAUCAACUUCUUCCACUAAAUCCACUGCGAUCGGACGUUUCACAGUAGCGCCAAGUGUCAAAACGAAUGAACAUACCUCUCAAUAUCAGCGUGGUAGUUUAACAUCAGAGUCAAACCAAACACCUGGAAACCAGAAAAAUGCUUCUACCGCUGAUUCUGGAAAUCGAGAGCAUCAUUCAUUGACAUCCACUUUACCAGUAGCCCUAAGAAGGGCAUUCAUGCAAAUGGGUCGAACUAUUGCUGGAGGUGGAGCCGCAUCUACGAGUAAUGAAGACAGUAUUACUCGUGCUAAUGCUCAGUCCAUUACAGCACGUCAUAAUAAGUCUACACCGAAAACUGCUGCUGGUGGGAGAGGUGUCAUCACUGCAGCACCUGUCCCUAUCGGUGCUGUCAAAAAGCAUGGUUUUGGUACGCCUCAACAGCAACAUUUACACAAGCGUCUGCCAGCUAAUCAGCAUCAUCCCCCUUCAGGUCCUCUUGACAACACAGAUGGUAGUCCGGCAAAUCACUCAGCUACACCUCGACAUAUAGCUCCACGCGAUUCUCAAGAUUCUUUGAAGCCAGAUUCGUCUAGUCCUCGCGCUCAUCCCUCAUCUAUUACUUCCAGUAUAUCAUCUGGAAGUCAUAAGGCUUCAUUUCCACCAAAAGCAAACAGAAUAACUUCAGAAGCUGAAAAGCCCAUCUCAGAUACCUCUCAUCGUUCUGUGCAUGCGGCUACUCACAAGCGGGGUACAACGGACACCAACGGAAUGGGUCCCGCGAGUUCAAGUAGUACUUCAUCUGAUUCUUAUGGUGAAUGUGAGCUUCGAGAAACAGCUGCUACACUUGUUCAAGGUGUCUGGAAGUCAGUUGAUGCUUCAUCUCUCAACCCUCGCUCUCCCCAACAAACUCCAUCAGAAUUAAAACGAAAGGUGCAAAAUGAUGGGCGUCUUAGUCAGGAUAUAUCAGAACAAUAUAAAGAACAUAUGCAGUCGGAACAAUCAAGUCUUCGAAAUGAAAAAUCUGAACUUAGUCGCAGUCUCACCACCAUAGAUCAGACAGAUCAAACAGUUAAUGUUACGUGGUCAGAUGAUGCAACUAAAACCGUAAACGCUCCAUCCCUUACUCCACAAAUGAAAGUAUCACAUACAGUUCAGGGUACAGAAGCAGUUGCUCUGCGUCAAGAAGCUUUACGUUUGCAAUCUACACAUUCAGCCACUAAAACACCUUCCGAUCCUCGUUCAUCUAUAAACUACGGUAUGGAUUCUAGUCAUCAAACUACAUGGGGUCGAGGUGUCUUAAAGGCAUUAGGUGGAUUUUUUGUACAGAGUAAAUCAACAGACGUACGACCGGACAGUUCAUCUACACGACCUCUAAAUAAACCUCGUGAGGUGAGGUUUCCAUGGAGUGUGUAUACCACAAGCACAAAAACAGCAGACGAACUUCUUAAGAGCAUUAUACAUGCUCUUGAAGUCACUCCUGGUUGUCGUUAUUCAUACGACCCGCAUCUUCCUUUCCUUUUGCAAUGCUCAUGGGCAGCUGAUCGACCUGCUCUGAAAACAUCAACUUCAGAAACUGAUUCCAAAGGAUUAACAAACACUCAGUUGUCUUCACCUCUUGACAUGCCAACUCAUGGUGGACUUAUGCGUGGCGAUCCAGUUCAUUGGGAAAUGGAGGUAUGUCAGUUACCACGUGUGCAUUUGCGAGGUGUUCGACUGAAACGAAUACGUGGUUCAACGUUGCAUUUCCGUCCGAUUGCUGAUCUUGUUAUGAAAUCAUUGCGUUUGUGAUACAGUGUAUCAGAUGCUGUAAAAUGGUCACUAAGUCGUUAGCAUUACUUUUCUAGGAGUAUAUGAUUGAUUUGUUGAAAGUAAGCUUCAUACUACAAGCUAAUUUCUGUAAUUCACGCAUAACUUGUGUUUUUGUUCCUUAUUUUUACUGACUAUACAUCUAAUAUAAAGAUUUACCAGUUUCCUGAAUACGUUUUGUCUUUUAGAAAAAGGUCAAAUAAGCACAAUUUUAUUAUUAUCCAUAGCGUGCUAUGUACAGUUCUAUCAUUUAUUUACUUAUUUAUCAUCUACUAAUUGACUUCAUAAUAUACUUAUAUUUUUUGUCUGGUAAUUUUGAUUUUGUUCUAAUAUGCAUUCAAUAUUCCAUUGAUUUUCUUUUCACCAGUUUCUUUGUUUCUAAUGUGUUCACUUAUUGACUAUAAUAAUAU